UUAACACCAGUACUGCACAUCAAGCCGAGCUUGCCGCGAGGCGAAGCGAACUGGAUAGUGUAUUUCAAUCUAUCCUACGAGCCCGAGUAGCUGCAAACUCGGAUCACGAGAGCAUUGCAGCCUCGCGGUGCUCGUCGGGGCAGUACGAAGUAGUACUACAUGCUCUGGACGUGCAAAGCAAAAUCUUCUGCCAUGUCCUGACUGAGCAAGAGCUUGCGCUCCUACAGCAAGCUCUGAUGAACUGGGAGCCACCAGUAUUCGCCAAUGAAAAUAUGAAGACGGAUUAUAUGAUCCAUCACUUGAAGACGCUGUAGCGUGCGGGAGUGUGGGAGUGUGGGUGGUUUGUUGGGAUGAAAGAGACGACGACGACAACUAAAAUACUCGCACUGCAAAGGUGCUGGGAAGUCUACACAACGCAUUACCUUCUCGUCAAAGGCACGCAGGUAGACAAACGGAGAGGCUACUGCCUCCGAUGGCCCCAUCAAACAAUACUGAGAGUCUUCUCGGCAAAGAAGAAUGGCCCCGCACUUGGGCUUGUCAGGCGGCGCUACUCACCAUCAACGGCUCCUUCACCGUCUACGAUACCUUCGGCGGCAACGCGCGCUUCAUCAAUGCAACUGGUAAAAGCGUCAUUGACGCGUGUGCACUCAAGAUUGCCUCUGCAUCAGCACAAGCCGGCCUGGCGCAACAGCAGAUCCUCGGGCCAGGCCUCAUGGUGACGCCCUUCAAUAUGAGCAUAAAUCCACUGGUGUACGCAGUAGCCUUUGCGACAUGCACAGCCUGGGCCCUCUUUCUUGUCUCGCUCAUGUCGGGCCACAAGCGACCUUGGCUGCAACGCGGUGCUGCGCUAAGUGCAGCGAUUGCUAUGACCAUCACCUCGGAUUUUAUGUUCAAUGAGCUUGAGCUACAGUAUAUGAGUGGUCGCCCCUACAACCCAACCGACUUGCGCAAUGUCCGCGCUCGCACAUCCACUAAAGUCAUUCGGCUCAUCUCCAAUACGCUGCUAUGGCUCGCUCAAAUACAGCUUGUCAUGCGUCUCUUCCCUCGUCACAGGGACAAGAUUAUUGCAAAGUACGGAGGCUUCACGCUCAUCGUCUUGGAGACUGUCUUUUCUGUCCUCAAUGACUUUUAUCACCCUUCACCGUUCAAUCCAGAUGCAAAGACGCUGGCAGCUCCUGCCAUUGCCGUUAUCGCGUACUUCAUGAACAUUGCCAUCAGUGUCAUCUUUUCCGGCAGUGUCUUGAUUUACGCCCUGUCGCCGAGUCGGUUCCGGUACGCCUUUGCGCUGCCUCACUUGAUGCACGCACUUCUCAGCAUCGUCUCCAUCACCUCGCCCACAGUCUUCUUUUGUCUAGACAUUUGGAAGUCCGAGGUGGAAGGCUGGGGAGACUACAUUCGCUGGAUUGGCUCUGUGGCUUGCUCAGUGAUUGUAUGGGCCUGGGUGGACCUCAUCGAGUCCAAGCUUGUUCGAGACUCACGGGAAGGUGUCCUCGGAAGAGAGGUCUUUGAAGAGGAGAUGUUUCAGCAAAAGAGAAAGCAGCUACGCAAGUUUGGCAAGCGUGCAUCGAUGCAGCCUGAUGCGAUUGUCUUUGAGGACCGUUCGCAGACUACCACAAGCCGGGCCCUCGCCCCUGACAAGGGGAUGCGGCGGACUUGGAUGGAUCGCUUUCAACGGCCGCGCACUGAGGGAAUCCCUAUGAGCGAGCUGCCCACGAUCCGGCAUCCUCUUGCAUCCACCCUGUCUGUUGCGCCUUCUUCUACAUUGCAUGAUGGCAGCAGCAGUGAAGAGCCUGCAACGGAUCGGCCGCGGCAUUCAAUACAGCAGGAGGAGAGACCUGCUUCUAUACAGGGUGCGGCCCUUGUACAUCCUGGCUUCCAGAGAGAGGAUUACUGGCCGGACGAGAAGGAGAUGUCUGGCCGCAGAUAGUACAUGUUCUACCGGUGAUUACUGUCCAUAAACUCAAUAUCAACUUGAUCCCCC